AUGGAUAUUAGAUUCAGAAUGUUCAAUAUAACGAGAACCACGUUAGUAAUAAGGAAAUAUGCUGGAAUACCGUCAUUCAGGAGAAAAUUUAGCUUAACCACAAUGUCAUUGAGGGAGGAAGAACCGAUUCAUGUGAAGAAUACAAAUAUGUAUAAGGAUAUUCUAAUGAAAGAAGGUAACUUCACCGAACAGCAAUCACAAAUUAUUGUUCAUACCAUCACCGAGUCUAUACGGAGUGGUGUUGCGCAUGUCGCAAAGGAUCUUUCCAAGCGUGAAAGACUAUUACAAGUAACAUAUCAACAAAGGGUGGAUUUUGCCAAAUUACGAGAUCAAUUGUUAAGUUCUGAUCGUAAUGAAUUUUACAAUAUCCAAAAUGAGUAUGAACGUAUGAAAAAUGAUUUAGAGAAAUUGAAAGGUCGAUUAAAAGAAGAUAUAUCUAAGAGCAAUGCCGGAUUCAAACUUGAUCUUUCGUUAGAAAAAGGACGUAUCAAAGACGAAAGUUCACACCAUGAUUUACAGAUCAAAGAAAUCGAUACACGGAUAGAUCAAGAAGUGUCUAAUAUGAAGAUGCAAAUCGAUUCUGUUAAAACACAAGUUAUGCAGUGGCUGAUCGGUGUGUGUACCGGUACAUGUGCCCUGGUGUUAGCAUAUAUAAGACUUUUAUCUUAA